GGCAAGAGAGAGAGAGAGGCUGGCUAUAAACGUGGUGCAAAAGCCAGCAGCACGCCCAUACAAACUUGAAGCAGUAGUGUGCUAGAGUUUUCUUCUUUCUAAAAGAUAGCUACCUUGUUCCUAUCAUCAAACUGUAGUUACUUUGAUCAAGGAUCCAAAACCUGAAACUGGAAUCAUAUCCACCAGCGCAGUGAGCAAGAAGAAUGCUUCCCAGUCCCAGCUUAUCCACGGUAGGAACAGGAAGCGCUAAUAAUAUGGUGACAAUGAGAGCGGAGAUGCGCAGGGGGCCAUGGACAGAACAGGAGGACAUGCAACUGGCCUCUACCGGUCAGGCAAGAGCUGCCGCCUUCGAUGGGUGAAUUACCUCCACCCAGGCCUCAAACAUGGACGCAUGUCGCCAGAAGAAGAAAACCUUGUUAUCAAGCUCCAUGCUCGUUGGGUAAACAGGUGGUCUAGGAUAGCCCGAUAUCUGCCAGGGCUCACAGAUAACGAGAUCAAGAACUACUGGAGAACACACAUGAGAAAGAAAGCACAGGAGAGGAAGAUGAGCUUGUCACCCUCGACCUCACCCUGUUCGCCGACGACGUACCAAUCCUGCCUCCUCCUUGACACAUCUCCAAACAGUUGGAUUGGCAGUGGUGACAGUCACAAUGCCAGUAGCUGCACCACAAGUGCCCUAUGGAUGACCGAGACUAUCACAGAUGGGUUCCCCAUGGAUCUGAUAUUGAAGGACGUUGAGACACCGCAAGCACCUGCCUAUCUUGGAAUUGACGAAGGGAAAGAUGAAGCAUUCAGCAGCAUUCCCUGCCCUCCACCCACAGCCACUACCGCAAUCGCUGGCUUUGCCAUGUGCCUUGGGCACACGGCAACGACGGAAAGUCACAUUGCAAAAUGUUUGCAGUGUGCAACACAUGACAAACAGCUCAUGGCAAAGAGCAGCCGGUAAAGUUGGAUUUGCCGUGUGCCCUUUCUCGGGCACACGGCAAACACUGCCGUGUGCUGGAUUUGACGCACGGCAAAAUAAAGUGGCCUAACGGCCAUCCGCUGUUCACGGCGUGUUUGCCGUGUGCCCUUCCCGUGGCACACGGCAAACUCUUGGAUAUUUGUCGUGUGCCCUUCCCCAUGGCACAUGGCAAAGUGAUCACACUUUGCCAUGUGCUAUGGCAAAAGCACACGACAAAGUAUGGUCACUUUGCCGUGUGCUAUGGUAAAAGCACACAGCAAACAUCAUUUAUUCUAUCUGUUUUUUUGUUUUUCCUCGUAUAUGGUCCCAAAACACACACACACACACACACACAUAUAUAUAUAUAAAUAUCACAAUAGAUAUCACAGGCACUUUAUAUAUAUGACAAUACACAUUACAGGCAUUUCAUAUAUGACAAUAUAAAGUCACAAUAACCAUACAAGUCCAUACAAAGUUCAUACAAGUUCAAAUGUUCUGAGCAAGCAUAAAUGAACAUAUAGAGUCCAUACAAGUUCAUAAACGUACAUACAACUCACUGGGUCGGCGGCGGAGGCGGUGACGGCGGCGAUGGACCAUUUGGCCCCCACGUCAUAUACGGCAGCCACGCUGGAGGCGGCCACUGAGGCGGCAGCCCCUGAGGCAUCCCCUGAGGCGGCCACUGAGGCGGCAGCCCCUAGACGGCCACUGAGGCGUCCCCUGAGGCGGCUGAGGUGACAUGUCUGGAUCGACGGGGCCAUCAUUAGAUGCUGCCAAUUGAUUCUGCACAUAGUUGAAGAGAUUGCAGGUGUUAGAUAAGAUUUAAGAUAUGAACAUUCGAUAUAAGUUAUUUUAGCUUUCGUCAAAGUUUUUGUAGCUUUAUCUAAGUUCUUAGUCAUUGUAAUUGUAUUCUAAGUCAUUAGUUCUAAGUUGUUUUAACUUUAUUAAUCAAUCAAAGUGCUAAGUCACUAUAAGAAAUCAAACUACAAGGUUGUCAAGUCA